UCUACACAGGCAAAGUUGAUCUUUCAUCCAGUUUGCGAGUGCAUCCAUUCGAAGGAGGAGAAACGAAAUGGCAGCCCAGACUCACCAACCUCACCUGCACUUGGCCGAGCUUACCGCAGCUCAGUUCAUCGACAUCUGGAAACAUUUUGAUGCAGACGGAAAUGGCUACAUUGAAGGGAAGGAAUUGGAAAACUUCAUUCGAGAGUUGGAGCUGGCAAGACGGGGAGCAGGCGUGGAUCCUUCACAUGCUGCAUUCAAGGAGAAGAUGAGGGCGUUUAUGGCCAGUUUUGACAAGAAUUCUGAUGGCAGGAUUGAGAUGACAGAGCUGGCUCAGCUUCUGCCCACAGAAGAAAACUUCCUCUUGUGUUUCAGGGAGUUUGUGGGAUCCAGCACUGAAUUCAUGGCUGCUUGGAGAAGGUAUGACACCGACCGUAGUGGAUACAUUGAGUCGAAUGAACUGAAGGGCUUCCUGACAGACCUGCUGAAGAAAGCCAACACGAGCUAUGAUGAUAAGAAGCUCAAUGAGUACACGCAGACGAUUCUUAGGAUGUUUGAUCUGAACGGCGAUGGGAAGCUCGGUCUCUCGGAGAUGGCAAGGCUCUUGCCCGUACAGGAGAAUUUCUUGAUGAAGUUUCAGGGUAUCAGGCUCACAGUCAAGGAAUUUGACUCCCUCUUCACACUCUAUGAUAAGGACGGUAAUGGCUACAUUGAUGAGCAGGAGCUGGAUGCUUUGCUGAAGGACCUGUCUGAUAAGAACAAAAUGGAUGUGGACAUCACAGGGCUCUCGGGGUACAAGAAGAGCAUCAUGGCUUUGUCAGACGGAGGAAAACUGUUUCGCACCGAGCUGGAAAUCGUCCUCUGUCGGGACUCGGAGCUGUGAGAACCCCUCCUGACUCCUUCCUACCUCCUGUUGCAACCUGGUGCAUGUAUGACCUGCUUACACUGCUAGAAAGAAAACUAAAAGUGCUCCUAAAAGCACUCGGUCAACUGCUGUCCCUUAAUAUUUAAUCUUUUUAUCAUGAAGCUUCCAUGGUGAAAUAGCCCUAGCAAUUAAAUAAAGUAUAUUGUGUAAUCACCUUUUGUUUUUCAAACGUUUUCCAUUUUAAUAUACAUUUGCAGUUUUACAGUCAUCCAUCUAUGACCCUCUCACUUCAUACUUCUGUUCAUGUAUUCUAUUUAUUUUAGUCUAAACUAAUUCACUCUCAUUUAUUUGAUGAAGCUUGUACUCUUCUAUUAAAUAUAUUACUGACAGAAUGAAUAAAUAUAACAUAAGA